AUGAUUCACAACAUCUUUGCUUUGGUGGGCGUGAUUGCGGCCGAAUCCAUGACUGGUCUGGAGGAGGAAUCCAACAGCAGCAUGGACCCUGAGCAGUUGGAGGACUUGUUGAAGGCCAUGGAGCAGCACCGCAUGUCUGACCCGACGGUUGACGAUGAAGAUUAUGGAUUCGACGGAGAGCCUUCCAUGGAGCAUAGCCCGCUGAUGCUCGACAAGGACAUGGCCGACCCGGAAGGGCCCGUGGACUACUUGUACGAAAAGAUGCGGCCCGUGACUACGUCCUUUACAACGGAGGAGGCGGACCUCCUGUGCGAGACUUUCCAGUCGCAACAGGCCUGGUCUCGUCUUGCGGAUGCAACCUACGACGGGGACACUCAAGUGGCUUUGAAGGAAGGCGACUGGCUGCAGGGAGACUACCGUUUAAUCUUGAAGGACGGGAUGAAGUUCCACGGCGCCGCCAAGCAGCUGAAGACGGAGUGGUCGCCGUCCGACGGGAAGCCUCUGACCUUCUCCAUGGAUGUCCAGUUUUCCGAGGAGCACAACUGCGGCGGCGGCUACGCGAAGUUGUUCUUUAAUGAAGUAGGUGCGGAGAACCUGAACGGUAAGCACGCUUACUCGAUCAUGUUUGGGCCGGAUAAGUGCGGAGGUGACACGAGGAAGGUGCACUUCAUAGCGCAGUACACAAGCCCCGCCGGCGAGCGUAUUGAAGAGCAUUUGGAGAAGAAGGUGGACCUGCCUAUUGACAUGAGGAAGACUCACCAGUAUGGCUUCGCGUUGCACCCGGACGGCAUUUUGAAGAUAUAUGUGGAUAAGAAGCUGGUCAGGGAAGGCGACCUCAAGACCCUUACCGUUCCCGGCUGGGAAAGCCCGGAGGUGAUUCCCGACCCUGAGGAUCCGGUGCCCGAAGGCUGGACACCUGAGCCGAAGAUGAUUCCCGACGAGUCCGCCGUGAAGCCGGAUGACUGGGACGAAACCGAGCCGGAGAUGAUCGAGGACAUGUCUGCCGAGAUGCCCGACAACUGGCUGGAACACGAACCUUUGCUGGUGCCGAAUAUGGAGGCCGCGAAGCCGGAGGACUGGGAUGACGAAACGGACGGUGAAUGGAUCCGUCCCAUGAAGAAGAACCCCCAGUGCUACGACCACGGCUGCGGCCCCUGGUCGAGGCCCGUGGUGCCCAAUCCGGCAUACAGGGGGCCGUGGACGGCGCCCUUGAUCCCCAAUCCGAACUAUACCGAGCACUACCAAAGACGGCAAAUCAAGAACCCCGACCCUUACAAGAUUGACGACCCCUUCCAGGCUAUUGAACCCAUCAAUGCCAUCGGCUUCGAGAUAUGGACCGUCCAGGGAGAUACCGCGAUCGACAACGUAUAUAUGGGCUAUAACGAAGAACGUCUCGCCAAAUGGGUUUCGGAGACCUUCGAUCAGAGAUCUGCACUCGAAACUGAAAACUUUGCCAGAAGACAUAAGGGACCCCAAACACCUGUGAAUGAUUCUACAGACCCCAACCGGUACGUGAAACUUGGUGCUGGCUUGCUCAUCCUGGCUGUCCUGCUCGCCAUCGCUGUGAGGAGAGUAUUCGCUACCUUCUUCCCUAACAGACCUAAAGUGGACGCCUUACACAAAAAGAAUGACGACGAAAAGGUGGUCCCAGAUAACGACCAGACUAGUAAGGACCAGGCUAGUAAAGACCAGACUGCCACCGAUAAGGCCGCAACCACGGACAAGGAUGCUGCCACCGAUAGAGCCGCUGCCACGGGCAAGGAUGCUGCCACGGGCAAGGAUGCUGACACGGGCAAGGACGACGCUACUGCCAAAAAGGUCGAGGUUGAGGAAGAACCCACUCAGAUGGCAGACAAGGCCGAAAUACUAGGCAAGGACCAGCCGACAGACGAAAAUGGUCCAACAGAAUCGUCUGCUACCCAAAGGGCGUAA